AUGGGGAAAAUCCCACCGGGCUUCAGAAGAGCGGCAUCCCAAUCCCCAGUAAGCACUCUACUAAAAAACAACGUUUCUUCUUCUCCCCUUCGGCCAUUUCCUCUGAAAACUUACCCAAAUUCUCCCAAGAAGAAGCCUAUAAAAAACAACGUUUUAACAACAAAUACACCCACACCACCAAUCGUUUUUGACUCCCCAAAGCUCUCAGAUGCCAAAUCCCUGUUCAAUUCACUUGUUACCAAUAGCAGAAACACCCCUUCAGACUCCAGAUUCUACAACUCAAUUUUGGAGUCAUUUUCAUCGGUUUCUUCUAUGCAAGACUCAAUUUUUUUCCUCAAUCACAUGAUCAAGAAACAUCCUCCGUUCUCCCCGGACCGGUCUUCUUAUCAUAUUCUCCUUGUGCAGUCUUGCAGAGCUCCAGAUGAUCCUUCUCUUUCAAAUGUCCAACAUGCCCUCAACCUCAUGACUACCAAUGGUUUUCCACCCAAUCAAGUCUCGGCGGAUAUUGCGGUGAGAACCCUUUGUGCUUGUGGCCGCGAAGAGCACGCCAUUGAACUGAUUAAGGAGCUGUCGGCCAAGAAUUGUCCUCCUGAUACCUAUACUUACAAUUUUCUGGUUAGGCACCUUGUCAAGAACAGGUCUUUGAGUACAGUGAAUUGGUUUAUAAAGGAUAUGAGGGAGGGAUUCAAUAUAAAGCCGGACCUAGUGACUUAUACUAUCAUGAUUGAUAAUGUUUGUAAUAGCAAGAAUUUGCGUGAGGCAACACGGUUGUUGGGAGUGUUGAGAGAGGAAGGGUACAAGCCUGAUUGCUAUGUUUACAAUACGAUAAUGAAGGGUUAUUGUAUGUUGAGUCAAGGGGGUGAAGUGUUGGGAGUGUAUAAGAAAAUGCAGGACGAAGGGGUAAAACCCGACCUGGUAACUUAUAACACUCUGAUUUAUGGAUUGUCCAAGUCAGGUAGAGUUAAGGAGGCGAAGAAAUUUUUGGAAGUCAUGGCUGAAAUGGGUCACUUUGCAGAUGCUGUUACUUAUACUUCGUUGAUGAAUGGGAUGUGUAGGGAAGGAGAUGCAUUGGGAGCAUUGGCUUUGUUGGAGAAGAUGGAAAUGAAGGGAUGUGAGCCAAAUUCGUGCACAUAUAAUACAUUGCUGCAUGGGUUGUGUAAAUCAAGGUUAUUAGAUAAGGCGAUUGAGUUGUAUGGGGUGAUGAAGAAUGGUGAUAUGAAGCUGGAAUCUGGUUCUUAUGGAACUUUUUUGAGGGCGUUGUGCAGGAAUGGCAGAGUUGCAGAUGCUUAUGAAGUGUUUGAUUAUGCAGUGGAGAGCAAAAGCUUGACGGAUGUUACUGCAUACUCAACAUUAGAAAGUACUCUUAAGUGGUUAAAGAAAGCUAGAGAACAAGGUUUUGUCAUUUCACCUGAAUAG